CUCCCGGCAUGCACACUGGAAGUCUAAUUAUUGCUAAUGGCGGGUAUUUGUACAAAACAUGCUUAUGUUAAGCUAUCGGUGGCUAACUGUACACAGUAAUAUAGAACCAGGGAUUUAAAACUAAUUAUCGCUGUGUGUCUUUCAAAGCAUCUUCAAGGACAAACAAAGCAAAGGACCAGAAUAAAAGAGGACCAGACUGAGGACACUGUAACUGUUAUCAUGUGGAAGCUCCCCGUCAACUACUGACUUAAUCUGAAACUGAGCAGGAAGACAGCGUGUCUGAGUUAAGAAAUAGCUCGAGUGGCGAUGUUGGCUCACCUAGACGUCUGUCCCAGAGCCACAAUUUCAAAACUACGGCAUGACCAGCAAACUUAAUGGGACGGAGGAAGUUUAGUUAGCAUAGUAACUUAGCGUUCAUUCAUUCGACCGUUAGUUUCGCUGCCAAUAAAUCAGCGCAGUCACAUGAAGCGGAAAUGAUUUCGUUAAGAAUAUUAGUGUUAGUUUUGCCAUUAUUAAUAUCAGUUACUCAAGUCAACGGUAGCUCAAAACUAAAUAUUCCAAAAGUAUUGCUACCACUUGCCAGAAGUACAAGAAUUAACUUCACAUUGGAAACUACUGAAGGCUGCUACAGAUGGUCUUCCACCAGACCAGAGGUAGCGAGCAUCCAGGCUGUGGAUGAAGUGACUGGCAAAGGCUGCUCCAGGAGAGCUGUUCUCCAGGCUCUCUCCACCCAGCCCUCUAGACUGACCAGCAUCAUUCUGGCCGAAGAUGUUGUUACAGGACAGGUACUGCGCUGUGACGCCAUUGUCGACAUCAUCAGUGAGAUUCAGAUAGUGUCGACCACCAGAGAGCUACAUCUUGAGGAUUCACCACUGGCACUCAAAAUCCAUGCACUGGACUCUGAAGGAAACACCUUCAGCACCCUUGCUGGUCUAGUGUUUGACUGGACCUUAGUGAAAGAUGUAGAUGUGAAUGGAUUCUCUGACUCUUACAAUUCAUUACGGGUACUUAAAUUCUCUGAGUCCACAUACAAGCCACCUGCGUACAUAUCUGAAAUGGAGCGUGUUGGGAAACAGGGCGAUAUUAUUUUGGUGUCAGGACUGAAAACAGGACAUGCUAAGUUGAAGGCCAAAAUACAAGAGUCAUUGUAUAAGGAUGUGGGUGCCGCGGAGGUGAGGCUGCUGAUUUUAGAGAACAUCCUGCUGAGCCCUGCACAUGAUGUCUACUUGUUGGCGGGAACUUCCAUCCGAUACAAAGUCCUGAAGAUAAGACAGGGCUCGAUCACAGAGCUCUCUAUGCCUUGUGAUCAGUAUGAGCUGCACCUUCAGAACAGCGUGGUUGGCCCUAAUGGAAAGCCAGACGUUGCUGUGGCCAGGCUGGAUCAAAGCAUCUCCACAGUUACAGCAGUUCAGCUGGGACAUAUCAACGUGGUGCUGGAUCAUAAGAGCCUUCGAAUGCAAGGAGUGUCUCGCCUACCCAACAGCACCCUGUAUGUGGUUGAACCAGCCUACCUAGGUUUUAAAAUUCAUCCAGGAGACAGCUGGGUUCUCGAAACAGGCAGAGAAUAUGAUAUCUUCAUUGAAGUAUUUGAUAAAUCUGGCAACAAAAUUUACCUCUCUGACAAUAUCCGCAUUGACACUGGUUUUCCUGCGGAGUACUUUGAACUCCUGGAGUCUUCUGUGAAUGGAUCAUAUCAUCGUGUCAAAGCGCUGAAAGAGGGCCUAACGCUCAUUGAUGCUACCCUGAGAGCAGUUGUGGAUGAAAGUAGAAGGGUCCAUGGACUCGCCAACCCAGUCCACAAUGAACAGGAUGUGGAAAUCUAUAACCCUAUAAUUCUUAGCCCCAGUAUUCUCACAUUUCCAUGGCAGCCCAAGGUUGGAGCCUAUCAGUACACAAUAAAGGCGACGGGAGGGAGCGGAAAUUUUAGCUGGUCUUCCUCCAAUACAGCUGUCGCCACGGUGACCGUGAAAGGAGUGAUGACGACAGUCAGUGACAUUGGCGUCAGCGUAGUUUAUGCUCAUGAUCUACGCAACCCACUACACUUCGGCCAAAUGAAAGUGUAUGUCGUCGAACCCGUGGCCAUGGACUUUGCUCCUUGCCCAGUAGAGGCUAGGGUGGGUCUGGUUCUGGAUCUGCCUCUCCGGAUUUUCGGCCUGCUGGAGGAGGUGGAGAAAGAGCGGGUUAUGUUGAGCGACUGCUCCCACUUUGACCUGCAGGUUGAGGAGGAGACCCACAGUAUCUUCCAAAUGUUAGACGGGAGGCUGGCUCCAGGCCAUGACCACUGCAGUGGGGUGAGAGCCAAGGCUCUGGCCCCUGGGUAUACCUUGCUCACUGUCAGCUACACCCAUGGCAACGUUCACCUCAGUGCCAAGAUCACCAUUGCCGCCUAUCUUCCUCUCAGAGCUAUUGACCCUGUAUCUGUGGCCGUGGUGACUCUGGGAUCAUCUAAAGACAUGUUGUUUGAGGGCGGGCCAAGGCCUUGGGUUUUAGAGCCCUCAAAGUUCUUCUGCAACUUGACCAGUGAGGAUGAGGCCAGUGUGAGCCUUACUCUGAUGAGUCCCUCGUCUCACAACUAUAACCAGCACUGGGUCAGAGCAACCUGCAGGGCCCUGGGAGAACAGGUGCUGGAGGUGAUGGUGGGGAACAAAGCCAGUGUGACCAAUCCUUAUCCUGCUGUGGAACCAGCAGUGGUCAAGUUUGUAUGUGCUCCUCCGUCUCGCCUCACCUUGCUCCCAGUGUAUACCAGCCCACAGCUGGACCUGACCUGCCCACUGUUGCAGCAGAACAAACAAGUGGUACCUGUUUCAAAUUAUCGUAACCCCAUUUUGGACUUGGCGGCCUUUGAUCAACAAGGAAGGAAAUUUGACAACUUCAGCUCUCUGAGCAUGUUGUGGGAAUCGACUAAGGUGUCACUGGCCAGUAUUGAACCCACUAUGCCCAUGGAGCUUCAGCAGUUCGAGGAUAGCAACAAACAGAUGAAACUUCACGGACGUCAGACAGUUCUUGUCCAUCAUCAGACAGGCACUGCUGCCAUUACAGUGACAGCUCUGGGUUACCAGGUUUCACAUCUAUCAGCAGCAAACGUUCCCAGUCCAUAUGACCCCUUGACCCCUGUUUCUGCCACUCUGGAGCUCCUGUUGGUUGAAGAUGUUAAAGUUUCUCCUGACACAGUGACCAUAUACAACCACCCAGAUGUGCGGGCGAACCUGGCUCUGCGAGAGGGUUCAGGACACUUCUUUGUCAAUACCAGUGUUAGAGGGAUAGCAGACGUGGUAUUCCAGGAGGCCCAAGGAACAGCUCAGGUCUCUCCUGUCCACCCAGGUGUGGUGAAAGUGAUGGUUCAUGAUCUUUGUCUGGCAUUUCCAGCACCUGCCAAAGCCACAGUACACGUUUCUGACAUCCUGGAGGUUUAUGUGAGAGUGGUUGACAAGGUGGAGAUUGGCAAAUCUGUGAGAGCUUAUGUCAGAGUCUUGGAUGACAACAAGAAGCCCUUCCCAGCCAGCUAUUUCCAUUUCAUGAAUCUUAAACUCAAGGCAGCUUCUGCAAUAGUCUCUCUAAAACCAUUAGCAGAGUCCACAGAAAAUGAUACAGCUGUUUUCCUGGUGAAAGGUGUUUCAAUUGGUCAGACCACUCUGUCAGCUGUUGUUGUGGAUAAAGAUGGGAGAAAAAUUGCAUCCCCACCUCAGCAAAUUGAGGUAUUUCCACCAUUCAAACUCAUCCCGAGGAAAAUGACCCUUUUAAUUGGAGCGAUGAUGCAGAUCACAUCUGAGGGUGGCCCUCAGCCUCAGUCCAAUAUCCUUUUCUCUAUUUCUGAUGAGGUGAUAGCUUCUGUUAAUGGCAUGGGCCAUGUCAGGGGUAUUGCCAUUGGUAAUGUCACUGUGACUGGACUGGUCCAAGCUGUCGAUGCCGAAACUGGAAAGCUAGUUGUUGUGUCUCAGGAUCAGGUAGAAGUUGAGGUUGUGCUUUUGACAGCCAUUCGAAUCAGAGCACCUAUUACCAGAAUGAAAACAGGAGCACAGAUGCCUGUAUAUGUGAUGGGUCUGACCAAUAGUCAAACACCCUUCUCCUUUGGGAAUGCUAUUCCUGGGCUAACCUUCCACUGGUCCACCACCAAGAGAGACAUCCUGGAUGUCCAGUCAAGACACAUUGAGGCUAAUAUGGAGCUCCAGUCAGAGCACAACUUUGGCAUGAGGGUGACUGGAAAAACUAGAGGGCGGACAGGGCUGAAGGUGGUGCUCAGAACCACUAGCCCUGAGGCUGGGCAGCUGGUGGGGAACCUGCAGGAGCUGAGAGAUGAGAUCCAGAUCCAGGUCUAUGACAAGCUGCAUAUGCUUAACCCUGAAGUGGAGGCUGGGGAGUUACUGAUGGCUCCGAACUCAGCCCUCAAACUCCAAACUAACAGGGAUGGUGUGGGUGCACUCUCUUAUCGGAUGCUGGAUUGCCCCGACCAGGUUGUUAUCGCUCAAGUGGAUGAUAAGGGCUUUCUCUUCUCUGGCUCUCUCACCGGCAUCUCCUCUCUGCUGAUCACCUCGCAAGAGACCUUUGGUGUCAAUCAAACGCUUAUCCUUGCUGUGAAGGUGGUACCUGUGUCCUACGUGCGCUUCAGUACCAGUCCAGUGCUUUACACACAAACCAGAGAGAGCCUGAAAGCCUUCCCCCUGGGCAUAGUACUCACCUUCUCUGUCCACUUCCAUGCCAGCACUGGAGAGGCCCUACAGAGCUCUAACUCUCACCUUACAUUUUCCACAAACAGAGAUGACCUGGUCCAGGUGGGGUCUGGGCCUAGUAACCACACUUUGACAGUGCGGACGGUCAAUGUAGGUCUCACCCUUCUUGCAGUGUUGGACAAUGAAAACAUGGGUGUUGCUGACUACAUUCCUAUACCCGUUGAACAUGCUAUUUACCCACACGAGGCCCAGAGACUGGUGGUGGGAGAUGUAGUUUGCUUCACUACUCCUUUUAACAGCCCAGACGGUACUCAUGGUACUUGGAGCUCCUCAGCAAAUGGUGUUCUUCAGGUGGAUCCUAAAACUGGUGUAGCUGUGGCCAGAGACUCUGGGACAGUUACUGUGUACUAUGAAAUACCUGGUGUUUUGAAAACCUAUAGAGAGGUCAUAGUGGAAGCAGCUACAAGAACGGCAGCUAUGGCACAAACUGCUCCUGUCAGGAACGGCAAGGAGACUAUAGUCCUACUCACUACCAGAGAAAGAGGAACCAACCUCAUUGGAACCUGUUCCUCUGCCCAGACUGAAGCUAUUCCUCAGCUGCAACCAGAAACCUCAGUCAGCUGCCAUCUCAGCUUCACCAGUGAUGUUGUUGACUUCCCUGCUAAUGAUGUCUUCAAAACACACAUCAGCUUUGACCCCAGUAUUGGCCUCUACACAUGCUCCAUGACCUUGCAGCCAAUGUCUGACCAGCGGACCCGUGUGCUCAGCAUGUCCAUGACCAACCUGCUGGUGAAAGCAGGCCUGGAGGGCAGCGCUUUCUCUGGGGAACAAGUCAGUGCCAGACUCCCAAUAGAGCCAGGCCUCUAUUCUGACCAGACUGAGCUGCUGCUCUCUAACCUGCAUCCAUCAGUUGAGCUCACAGUCUAUGGCCCCACUGCUGCCCUGUCCAACAUGGAGGUGGUAUCUACUUCUCCCAACAUUGCUGUCCAAGAGAAGGAAGUACAUCAUGGCUUUCCAAGUUUUUCAAAGUACACUAUCAGUGCUGUGGACCCUCAGGCAGCAGUCUCUGCUUCUAUUUCCAUAAGCAGCACUUCCUCCGGCCAGAGUCUCCUCAUCCCAGUCACUUUGAUUCACGUGGCUGAUCCUAAUGCUGCAAUGCACGCAGCUGCUCCUCCAGUUGUCAGCGUGGACGGGGACCACUCCCUGCACAGCUUCAUAAACAGCUACCAGAUGAUGUUCUUCACUCUGUUCGCACUGCUGGCUGGUACAGCUAUCGUCAUCAUCGUCCUCCACACAGUGCUCACUCCAAGGGAACAAACUUAUCACCCUGCUUUCAUCCAGAGGACACCACCACCCAUUACAGGUUUAGACUCUCCAGCAGGGAAUUCCUUCAGCCGCACGAUGCCCAGGUUCAACCCAAACAGCAGCCCGAGGUCGCACCUCUAUUCUCCCGACUACAAAUCCUGAUGAAGCCCUUUGUCUUGGUCUCUAUUCUUCAAAAGUAGAACACCACAGGCCGUUAAAGCGUUCUGAAUGUGCCUCUGUCCCUCCGGAUGAAUGCUGUGGGAUGUGACUGCAAAAUCUGAUGUUGGCACAGAUGCUUAAAAAAUACUUAAUUUUCAGUGAAUAGCAGGUCAGUUAAGAGCUGCAAAAUAAUAACAGGGCUAUUUUCCUGGUGUGUACGUUUUUUUGUGUGAAAACUGAUUUAUAUAUAUAUAUAUAUAUACAGUAUAUGUGUCUUUUGUGGUUUGUCUUGGAUUUUUUUUUAAAUACAAAACCACUCAAGAGUUUUGAAGAGUGCUUAAAAACCAAAUCACUAGUUUGCGCCUAAAAACUUGCUUUUUGUGUUUGCUUGACAUUUGCUUGUGUGCUACUUAUCAUAUUUGAUGUGAAUAACUCAGGAUGAACCACAGUCUUGUAUGACAGUAAACAAACAACCAACUUGAAAGUGUUUAUUUUUUAUUUUAUUUGAGGAGAAACCGUCCUUCAUUAUGUUGCAGCUUAUACGUUUUGUGAAAAUAGUCCACUGUAACCGUCCUCCUCUUACACAAUGAACCCUUCAAAAUGUGCAUAAUUCUAACCAGGAAAAGGUUGGUUUAUUUCUGUUUUGGGCAUUUCUUUGAAAGGAAUUUAUCUUCCCAGUUAUUUAACGUUGCUGAGUUUUUGAGCCACAUUACAUGCAGCUCCUGUCUAAUUCAUUAAUGUGAAACAGUUAAGGAAUGUGAAUCAUCAUUCAGUUUUUAUCCCGGUGUUGCUUCAUUGCAAAAGCAAUCAAAUGUGACCUGGCCUCAUUUCUGAAAAUGUAACAACUCUCUGUCUGUUUAUUCUCAUCUUUCGAGAAAAAGAUUACUGUAGCACUGUCAAAUUGCUGUGGAAAUACAAGUGUGACUUAGUUUUAAAUGACAUAUUUUUGUAUUUCAAGAAAAGUGUUGAUAAGGAAUGGUAUUUAUGUUGAAAAUUGAAAUUCAGUUUUACUGAGGGAGGAGUGUGUGUGACGAUAAAUGGGUUCAGCGUUGUUUUUUUCAUGUUUAAGUUCAUAGUCAUGCCUUACAAUCAUAUAAUACGGAUGCGAAUUUGCUUGUAUGAAUAUGCUCUUGCCUUUGCUAAUUAAAGUUUUUACCUUUUACGUCCA